CGUACUGGGGUAUAUAAGCUCUUGAAAUUUCCCGCAAAUGUGCUCGUCCAGCCAACGCAAUCGUUCUCAAUCUUUCUCACCAAGAUGAGAUACUCUAUUGCUUCCAUUGCGUCUCUGGUCGUGCUCGGGGAGUGCCUCUCUUUGCCUCCUCUCAUUCCCAGUAUCCCUGGAGUGACCGAGCUUCUGUAUGACGUCGUCCCUCCUCUGCCUAUCUUGCAGGUUCCUACACCAGCAAAGGAGAGUCCUCCCUUUUCUCCGAGCGACAUUAAGCCAAAGAAGGUUGGAUACUUCUGGACUGGUGCGGGUGACAAGGCUCACAAGGAUUUCCUUGCUACCUACAGUUUAGAUGAUGACACAUUUGGUACCCUCAUUGAGAUCACAGACGUACCAACCAGUGGUAAUGACCCCCAUCACCUUGGACCCUCGCUUGAUGGAAAGACCAUUUGGGGUGGUGGUUUGCUCUCCCUCUUGAAAACUCAGGAUACUGGAUUCUACUUUGAUACCUCCGACCCUUACCGCCCCAAGUUCUUGAAGAGUAACCGCGGUCUGCUUGCAUCCAUUGCAGACGAGGUCCGCGCAAAGCCCGAUGGCGGAUUCUUCAUCACUUACAUGGGCUCUGCCGUCGGUACCUCUCCCGGUCGUCUCAUUGAGACCGACAAGGACUUCAACAUCAUUCACGAAUGGCCCGAAGAUGUGGAUGGUCUGCUUAAUAUUCUCGGGGAGCAGUUUAAUCCUCACGGGCUGACCAUUGACUGGGACAAGAAGAUCAUUCUGACUUCCGACUUCGUCGAGCCCCUUUCCAUUCUGAAGCCCUCUCUUGGGAUUCGUCGUGCCGACACUCUGCGUCUGUGGGAUUUGGAUUCCAGGACUAUCCUCAGCACUCUGACUAUUCCCAACGGUGGUGGUAUCCAAGACGUCAAGUUCAUCCCUGGACACCCCGAAGCCGCCGCCAUCGCGACUGCAGUUCAUCUUGGCCAACUCUGGGUUAUCUACCCUCUGCGCAAGGACGAGAACGGCAAGCAGGGUGUGAUAAAGGAGCUCUAUGACCUCGGUCCCAAGGCUCGUGACACAACCGCUAUCUACUCCGACAUCACCCAGGACGGGAAGUACUUCUACGCCACCCUCACCACAGCCAACCACAUUGCCGCCCUGGACAUUAGCGACCUCGACAACAUCAAGCGGCUUGAUGAUCCUGAUGAGGACCAACCUACUAUCGGGCCUCACUACAUCAAGGUCACGCCUGAUCAAAAGCACGUUGUCGUCACGGACUACUUCGUUCAGACGGGCGAAAUCGGCCUCAUCAACACCCCGGCUGACUUCAAGGCGCUCUAUGUUGACCUGAACGAUGAUGGCAGCCUCUCAUUCAACCGGACCAUUGACUUCGAUAGAGAGUUCGCCAACCGCGGUGGUGCUAAGCCUCACUCUGUUGUGAUCUUCGAUUUCACUGACCCUGAGAACCCUCUCUACUACUAG